AUGGAGGAGGAAGAUAACUAUACCAGUCUACAGGAGUUUACUGUGGAUAGAUCCUCCAGAGGAAACAAGCCUAUCCUAAACAACCACGGUAAGUGUGUGUGUGUGGUGUGUGUGUGUGUUUGUGUGUGUGUGUGCGCGUGCAUGUGUAUACGUAUGUGCAUAAGUGUGAGAUUGACCAUAACUCUAAGGACAUGGUCUCUCUUUAGGGAAUAGUCAGUGUGAGUUUUACAGCUAGUCUGUCAUUUUAUUGGCUAUCAUCAAUUCCUUUGGAAUCCUUUAGAAAUAAUCAUUUAAAAUAUUUUUGAAGUGAUUGUCACCUUUGUCACCUUUUUACAAUGUUAUGGUUCCAUGUUAGACCACUGUAAAAUUGUAGGCAGUUACAGAUAGAUUAUGGGGGUAUUGUUCAUGGUCAAAGGACUUGUCUGGGCAGAAAAAACUUCUGAAGCAUGAAAGGUGAAUGACAGGUGAAAAAAAAAGUGCACUCACUCUGCAUGUCUUUUCUUACUGGCAUGGAUUUUACAGAUUAAUGCUAUUUAGAAGAAGGUUUGACUUGCAAUGACUGUUAUUUGUGGUUAUGUUUACCUAUAGUUAAAUGCUAAAUGACUCCAAUGUAAAUGUAAAGUAAAUGUGUCACUCUUUGCAUUGAACUGUAAUCUGUCCAAUCAGGUGCCCAGGGGCUGAAGAGGGGGUUAGAGUGUCUAAGAGGUCAGACCGCCCUCUUUGUGCUGAUUGGUCUAUUGGCCUCCAUCUGCGCCAACAUCGCUCUGAGCGUGCUCUGUGAGUAAACAUAAUUUUCUCUCUCUCUCUCUCUCUCUCUCUCUGUCUGUCCGUCUCUUUUUCUCUCUCUCCAACCCCGCACCACCCCUCUCCCUCACUCCUCCUCGUCAUGCCUUCUUUGGCAUGCAGAACGGUAACCAUAGUUGUGGUGGUUGUGCAAUCCAAAAGGAACAAAAGUCCAUAACUGUGAAAUGUGCUCCCUCCCAGGACUUUCAGUCUCUGGCAGCCCAGGCUGUUCAGUAGUUAUAACACACUGAGAACAUUCACUACCACAAUGUGUCUCAAGCUGACCUCUCAAUUAUAUUUAUAUUAGUCUUUCUCGUUCUAUCAUCUCUCUCUCUCUAGCUCUAUCUUCUCUCUCUCUCUCUCAUAGCAUAGCUAUCUCUCUCUCUCUCUAGAUAGCUCUCUCUCUCAGUGUUUAGCAGGCCUUUUCCUUGUGUUCCCCUGGAGACAGCAGCUCUGACCUCUUUUAUCUAGUUCUCAGAAUAUUGCAGCAACAUUUUCAUAAAUAUAGGGACAUUCCACAUUUGACACACAAGACAUGAACCCACAGCUGGGUAUAGUAAAUACUAUAUCUAGACUAUCAUACAGUACAACUGUUGAAUUAUAUCCAAAUCUUUCUUUCUUUCUUAUCUCUCUCUCUCUCUCCUCUCUCUCUCUCUCUCUCUCUCUCUCUCUCUCUUCUCUCUCUCUCAUCUCUCUUCUCUCUCUCUCUCUCUCUCUCUCUCUCUCUCUCUCUCUCUCUCUCUCUCUCUCUCUCUCUCUCUCUCCUCUCUCUCUCUCUCUCUCUCUCUCUCUCUCUCUCUCUCUCUCUCUCUCUCUCUUCGCUCUUCUCUCUCUCUCUCUCUCCCCCUCUCUCUCUCUCUCGCUCUCUCUCUCUCAGUGUUUAGCAGGCCUUUACCUAGUGUUCCCCUGGAGACAGCAGCUCUGACCCUGAAGCUGAACUCAGUUCGAGGACGUUAUGUCCUUCUCUGUGAUGACUACUCCAAACUGGGCCAGAGCUGCUCAAAGACAGGUAAAGGAGGGCUAAGUGUAAUUCAGAGUGGAUACAUACUUUAGACAACUGUCAGUCACUAUUACAUUAUUUCACGAAAGAAAUAGAACACUGUAAAGGGGUUGCCGUAAAUUUGACAGUAACUUACAGGCAUCUGUCAACUAUAUAUUUUAAAUUGAUGCACCACUACUACUACAUACCAGUUAAGUUGGUACAGCACUCUCACUAACGGGUGCAACAAAAAUAGAGCCAGAAACAACAAUAAUAUGCACUCACUAGUGGUCAAAAGGUUUUUGGUGCUCCAAAAAUACGGUACAGUACUGUAUUCUGUGGGAUGGAAUUACAGGAUCAUUCAAAAUACAGCAAUUAUUUCCCCGCCUACAAAAUGUUCCCACAAUGCACCAUAAUUUACAGAAUGCUGCAGUAAAACAUUCCACAGUAUUUUACUGUUGAUAAUACAGAAAAUGACCAUAUAAAUUACAGUUUAACUUUACAGUGUACACUAUACAGUAUACAUAAGACAUUAAUUACCCAUGCAUAUUCACACAUCUGUCUCUCUUUGUCCUCUUCAUCUUCACCUCUUCAUCUUCUUAUCAUCCUCUUCUACCUCUCUAUUCCUGUUCUCCUCCUCUUCUCUUUCUCCUCUCCUCUUCUCACAGUAAGGAAGUGUAGGGAGUGUCCUGAGGGCUGGAUUCAUGUAGAUGAGAAAUGUUACUCCUUCAGUAAUGACAAGAUGGACUGGCCGAGCAGCAGAGACAGUUGUACUUCCCUGGGCAGCCACCUUACCAUCCUGCACAGCAAGGAACAGCAUGUAAGAUAGUGUAUGUGUGUGUGUGUGUGUGUGUGUGUGUGUGUGUGUGUCUGUGUGUGUGUGUUUGUGUGUGUGCGUGCGUGCGUGUGUGUUUAUUCCCCUCAUUGUAACCAUAACUGUGUUUGUUUGUAGGACGCUCUGGAAAAAGAGGCCCGGAGGAUUGGCGGGUUUGACUACCACUACUGGAUUGGCCUAACAGAUAGAGAGAAGGAAGGAGAUUGGAGAUGGGUGGACAACACAACACUGAAAAACAAGUAUGUGAAGCCCAUUCUAAAUAAUCCAAUAUCACAUGUGUUAUAAUUAGAGGGAGGCAAAUAGUUACUUUUCUACACUGUCUCACUCCUUUGCUCUUUCGAGCUCCUCAAGGGGGAGGCGCUUCUCCUAGUCUUCAUUCUAGUAGGGUCCAUCUUUUUUACUAGUUUCACUAACGGCACCUACUUUGGGUGGUGUUAGAGCGGGUCUAAGCGAAGAGCUAGCUCUACCUGAGGCAGGAUCGCUCUCUCGCGCGCUCGAUCGGAGGCUCGAGUCUCAUCUCUCGCUCUCUCUCGCUCUCGACUGUCUUCUCUCUCUCUCUCUAUCUCUCUCUCUCUCACUAUCUCUCUCUCUCUCUCUCUCUCUCUCUCUCUUUUUCUUUCAGCUAUUGGAAUGUUGAUAGCUCUGAGAACUGUCAGGCAGGAGGAAUACAUGAGGAUGACUGUGCCACCCUGGACAGCCACUCGCAGACCUGGUUUGACGUACCGUGUGACUAUAUCUACAAACGCAUUUGUCAGAUGGAUGCCAUCCGGCUAGACUGAAUCACAGGACUAAAACUAAGCCAUGAACUUCCCAAUCAUAUAGAUCUACCGUCCAUUUAUUCAUGAAUGAUGGCAAUGUUUUCUUAAGUAGCUUGUCCUUUUUUAGUCUUUUAAAUUAUUUGAGAUGUUUUUGUGCAAUGAAAAGCGCUAUAAAAGUGAAAUUCUUCUUCUUACUGGAAACAUCGGAACUGGAAAAACUACAGGAAACUAAACUAGGUUAUUGGUCAGAUUUACUCAACAACACUGCCGAUUGUGCAUAUUACUUUGCAUUUUUCAGAAACCAUAAAACAAAUGGGGACAGGAAAGGUUAAGAGAAGGACUAAGAUAUAGAAAGGCAAGAGGAGAUAAAGACAGUUUUAUGGUAUAGCUAAUUUCAUGAAAUGUCCAUUCCCUACUGAAAAUAACAGAUGCAAAAAUCUAGCAAAUCUGGCACCUUCUGCAAGGAGAAUUUAAAUGAAUGCAUUCAAUUUAGUAAAUCAGUUACUCUAAUCAAGGAGGUAGAUGCUCUAAUCAACUCCGCUGAUUGCCAAAUUGAUUGCUGUGAUACUUUUGAGCAAUCUGUGUGCUUUUUGUUAUGUGUGUGACCUGUACAUAAAUCCCAGACAUAUUCUGUAUUGCUGCACUAACCAUGAAAAUGAAUUCCUGAGAGUUAAUGUGUCAAUAAAACUAUUUUCGAAUUAAUGAUUCUUCCUCUGAUAUUUCUUUCAGGUUUGGGUUUGGG